UUUUUAAAUUUUAUAGGUGCAUGCUUUGCAAUUAUUUGCUUCUAAUAUCGUUAGAUGGGUUUGCAUGGAAUUAUUUAGAUAGAUUUGGCAUCGAUAAUUUUCCAAAUUUUAAAAGCAUAUCGUAUAAUGGAGUAAAAGCCAAAUAUGUUCAAAAUCUAUUCCUAACAAAAACAUUUCCUAGCCAUUUUUCCAUUGUAACAGGAUUAUUUCCUGAAAGUCAUGGAAUAGUAAAUAAUCGUAUGUAUGAUCCAAAUUUUAAAAGCUAUUUUAAACCAUCUAAUAUAGAGACUAGAUGGUGGGAUAAUGGUGCUGAACCUAUAUGGGUAACUAACCAAAAAGGAAAUCAUAAUUUAUCUUGCAAUUUUAGAAGUAAAAUUGUAAUGUGGCCAGGGAGUGAGGUUAAAAUCAAAGGAAUUUAUCCUACUUUAUAUACUAAAUAUUCUGAUAAAAUGAUGUUAAAGCAAAAAAUUAAUAUGAUAAUAUCAUCAUUUGCAUCAAACAAAGACAAAAUUAAUCUUGGGUUAAUUUAUCAUUAUCAACCCGAUCUGGUAGGUCAUAUAUAUGGGCCUGAAUCUAGAGAAGUUUUUAAUAUGUUAAAAAGUAUAGACAGUGAUAUUGGUUAUUUAUUCAAUGAACUGGAAGCAAAAAAAUUAUUAGAUCAUAUUGAUAUUAUAAUUACAAGUGAUCAUGGAAUGACUAAUAUUCAUUCAAAUCAAUAUGUAAUUCUAUCAGAUAUUAUGGAUUUAAAGGACUUUAUAAUUGUUGGCUCAUCUCCUGUCUGGAAUAUAUUUUCUAACAAUACUAAAAAGAUCAAUCUUCUCCAUAACAUUUUAAAUGCCACUAAGUAUCAAGAUAAAUUACAAGUUUACAAAAAAAAUAAUAUUCCCUUAAGAUGGCACUACAAAAACAAUAUUAGAAUAGGGGAUCUUAUUAUAAUUGGACAACCAGGUUAUAUAGUAGCAUUAAAUAAAGAGGAUCGGAGUUUGCUUAUCAAAGGUAAUCAUGGGUUUGAUAAUUCUCAUCCCGACAGCUGGCCAAUAUUUUUUGCUCAAGGUCCUUCUUUCAAAUCCGGGUUCCAAACUGAUUCGAUCAAUAGCAUUGAUAUAUAUGAGCUGAUGUGUCACAUUUUGAAAAUCACGCCAGCACCUAAUAAUGGUUCGUUGGCCAACAUUCGGCAUAUUUUAUCACCAGAUAAGUCUGAAUCUUUUGUCCACGUUCUAAACAAGUUAGAAUACAAAUCAGGUUCCAAUCUGCUCAAACUUCCGCCUAUCAUGUUCACAUUUACAGUCACAAUCUGGAUGUACAAGGCUCAUUAUACUAAUAUUUAUUUGAUCUAAUAUAUUAAUUCUGAAAUCUUUUUUAACCAAUCAUUUAAUUAUGGCAAUUAUAAAAAAUUUGAUAUAUCGACAAUAAAACGGUUAUUUUUAAAAAUUUAUACAUAUUUUUUAAUUAACCUUGAAUUAUUUAUGUCAAAUUUUUUUAAAACAUUUAAUUAUGAAUAUUUUAUUAUGUAAAAUAUCAAAAUAAAUACAAUCAGUUUUUACAAUAUUUUUUUUAUAUAAUGGAUAGAUGGAUAUUAUUUUAUUGUUAUAAUAUUUUAUAUAUUUAUUAUAUAUGGUUUUUAAAUUUUAUUUUAUUAAAGUUUUUAUAUAGUUUUAUAUGUAUAUUUUUUUAAUAUAUAUAUAUAUAUAGUUUAUAAAUAUUAAUAUAUAGUAAUUAAUAGAUGAUAUAUAUUUCGCUCAAUAAAAAUCAUUUUUGAUUUUUUAAUCAACUUCUAAGGAAUGUAUGUAAAUUAAAAUACAACUAAAUCUGUAAAAUUCCUUAUAAAAAUAUGUGUAUUUUAUUCCUAUACAUAAUUUUAAAAAUAUAUAUUCCGCAUGGAUAAUUAAUUUAUUUUUAAAGCAGACGAUUUAAAAUAAAUAUUUUGGUAAUUUCUUCAAUUUGAUAAUUGUAUAAAUUAGAUUUGUGAAGGUAUCAAAUAUUUAUUUUUUCUAUAUUAUAGUCUUAUAGCAAUAUCUAAUUUUAUUUUAAUUAUACACUAAAAAUUUUAUAAUUUACAUUUUAUUUUAUUAGAAAUAUUUAUUUGGAGAAAUUGUUUAUCAAAUAAAAAUUUAAUCAUGAA